GUUCAGGAUCAGCUGAGCAGCUGGAGGAUCACCGCCCCGCUAUGACUACAGAGCACCCUGGUUCUCCACGGAUGAUCAACCACACAAAUAACAGUGCUGUUUUAGCCAGGUUAGUUCGGAGGAUGGGUUCGUCAGAACCGAGAUUUCCGCUCCUGCUCUGAAGCCUCCUGCGCUCGUUUCUUUGUUGUGGAUGUCUUCCAAGAACAUGGUGUGAUCAAACUGGUGCAGCAUGGAUCCAGAGGAGCUCGAGCUGCAGAAUGACUACCGUUACCGUAACUACGCAGCGGUCAUCGAGAAGGCACUGCGAAACUUUGAGUCGUCCAGUGAGUGGGCAGAUCUCAUCUCCUCCCUUGGAAAGCUCAAUAAGGCCCUGCAGAGCAACCUUCGCUACUCUCUCUUGCCCAAGAGGCUGAUCAUAGGAAAGCGUCUGGCUCAGUGCCUGCACCCGGCUCUGCCCAGCGGAGUCCACCUCAAGGCUCUAGAGACGUACGAGGUCAUCUUCAAAAUCAUUGGCACAAAAUGGCUGGCCAAGGAUCUGUUUAUUUACAGCUCUGGGUUGUUCCCACUGUUGGGUCACGCAGCCAUGGCAGUUAAGCCUGUGCUGCUGACACUGUAUGAGCGUUACUAUCUCCCACUGCAAAGGGCUUUGCUUCCCAGUCUGCAGGCUUUCAUAACUGGACUCUUACCUGGUCUGGAAGAAGGACUGGAGGUCUAUGACAGGACUGAUGCUCUGCUGGUCAAGCUGUCGCUGCUAGUGGGUCAGCAGGUCUUCUACGGCGCCCUGUGGGGUAGCAUGCUGGUCACCCCAAUGGUACGGCUGCCUGCUUCUGUCUUUGUGGUCACACAUUUUGACCGUAUGGCCCCGCUGAGUCAGCAGACCCACAUGUUGGGCUACGGCCAUCGUGCAGUGAUAAAGUCAGUCUGUCUGUCUCUGCAAGAUUCAAACGUGUUGGUGCAGAGGAACAUGCUCGAAGUUCUCCUCUACUUUUUCCCCUUCGCCACAUGUCUGGACCCUGCAGAGCCGAGUGUCGCUCUGAGUGCUGAAGACAUGACCACUGUGGUUUCUGCAGCCUUACUCACUCUGCUCAGGAGAGACAUGUCCCUCAACAGACGCCUCUACGCCUGGCUCCUAGGUACAGACAUUAAAGGAGGGAUGGUGGCACCACAUCCCACGCUUUCCACCACCAUGGAGGAGCACACCUCGUUCUACUUCAACACUUAUUCCAAAGAUUAUCUUGUGAAGGCUCUGAUUAACAUCCUCAAACAGAAGAAGGUGGACAGUGACCCAGAAAGCGUCAUCUCUUACCUCAGACCCUUUCGCAUCAUUAUAAGUCUGCUCGAUAAACCCGAGAUAGGUCCAGCUGUCUUGAGCAGUGUGUUGUUGGAGGUGGUCCGAGCUUUCCACAGCUACUGUCUGGAGAUGCUUGGAGAGGAGACCAUGACAAAGUCAGGACACUCGGCCAACCAGCUUGCUUGUAAAAUAAAAGAGAACAAGAAUGCCUCAGAGAUCAUAAAAACGACGAACAUGCUUGUGAGCUCCUUGAACAGCGAAUACCUGUGGGAGUACAUGACUCAACGCUUUUGCACGUCUGUCAGUGAAAAAGAUAAUCGGCCAACGCCUCCGGAGCAGGACUACGGUCAACCUGCUCCCUCUGUCAUGGAAAUGUCCAACCUCAUCAUUUUCCUGCUGGAUGUUCUUCCUCUGGAGCUCUAUGCCGACAUCCAGUCACUUUUUCUCCCCGACAUGCUUGGCACCAUGCUGCAUAGCCUGCGAUGCCACAUGGACUCCAUUUCCCUUGAUGAGGUAACACAGGGGCUGCGAGCGUGCUUCAAGGUCCUGAGUAAGGUCCAGAUGCCCGUGGCUUACAUGGAUGUUGAUGGAGGAGCACAUACAGAGGAGGUGGAGUCAGUGUCACCAGAGGAGGAAACCACAAAGGAUGGACACAACGAGGGGGAGAAAAAGGGAAGCGCUAAUGGACAUCAGGAAAAUGAGAGGGAGAGGCGAAAUGGAGGAGGUGAAGCUGAGCCCGCUAACGGUGUUUACUCAACACUGAGGUCUGAAGACAGCGGAUUGGGCAUCAGCGCUUCACCCUCAGAGCAGCACCUGCAGCUGGGAAUGGUGACGGAGGCCGAGCGAAAUGGAACGUGCAAAACCGGCGUUGGAGUUUGGAGAAGGGGAGGGAGUGUAGAAGCCAUGACGCAGUGUCUGCAGGAUAUUCUAGCCUUCAUAACCACCAGAUACCUGAUGGUACAAGUGGAGGAUGUUGGAGGUCCGGAGCCAGAGCCUCAGCAUGACCAGAGCGCCAACUCUGUGGAUCAUAAGUCUCUGUUAGGGAGACGUGAAUUUAAAGACAAACUGACUGAGCUGUUUACUCCAAAUAAACUCAAAGCCCGUGUCUCACCAGAGACCCAGCUCCCAGCAUCCCCCACAGAAAAGAAAAAAUGGGUUGGCUCCACAGUGUGCAUGAACUGGGCAGCUGGUUACAUGCCCAGAGGAAGAGCUGAGAUCUCUGAGGCCUGUCGACAGACCUUCGUCGCCACCUGUCACCUGCUGCUGGAGAGCACCACCUUCCCAGUGUACCUGAGUGAGGAGGAGAUGCUCGCACUUUACACGGACAUGUUUGGACACUCAGGCAGUGACUUGGACAGCCUACCCAUGUGGCUGAGGUCCCUGAUGAUUCUGUGCUGCAUGUCUAGGGACUACAACAUCCAGCACACCGCAGUGGCCUCCCUGCUAGAGCUCGUCAACCACUCCCAGUCCUUAGCACUGGUCAUUGAGGACAAGCACAAACGCUACCAGAGCUCUGAUACCAACCCCUUGAGUGGGCGGCUGCAAAUGGUCAGUGUGCCGCCCAUCUAUCCGGUCCUGCUUCGAGCCAUAGAGGAUGGCACAGACUUCUUUCAGAGGUUAUCCCGGGUACUGUGGAGUCAGCUGGACACAGAGCAGAGAGAGCAGCACGUUUCCUGUGUGGAUCUGUUUUACAGGCUGCAUUGUUUGGCUCCCUCAGCAUCCAUCUGUGAGGACAUCAUCUGCCAGGCACUGUUGCACAAAGACAAGGCAGUUCGGCUGGAAGCUCUGCACCGCUUCACAGUGAUGUGGCACCUGACCCGGGAGAUUCAGUGCAACAGAACCAUGUCUCUGAGUCGAUCCUUCGAUCGGUCUCUGUGUGUUGUGGUGGACAGCCUGACCUCCACCGAUGGCUCAAUAAGUGCAGCCGCUCAGUGCUGGCUGAUUAGAGCUCUGUCCCUGAACGAUGUGAUCCGAAUCCUGGAGCCUAUCCUGUUGCUGCUGCUUCACCCGUCCACCCAGCGCUGCUCCAUCCAGAGCGUCAAACAGAAUCUCACCGCCGGUAACCUGAAGCUUUUAAACAGCAGAAGAAGUUUGAUUAAAACUUCUCGGACAUCUGCAGACGUGGUGACAGAUGAUGGGACGACGUUAAACAGUCUGAAUGUCGUUGACAGAGAAGCUUUGUGGACUGAAUUGGACAGUGGGCCAGAGCCAGAAAAACCCACAGACACUUUAGCGGCGUCAAGGAGUGAGAGUGAGGAAACAGAAGAAGAUGAGGUUAAAGAGGAGGAAGAGGAGGAGGCUGAGAGUGAGCAUACUGAGUCAGCAGACACCAGCGGGGCCCAAGUUUCCACAGAGAACUCCAGUUCAGGUUCUGCUCCGCCCAGCAGCAUUGAGGAGGGAGGUUUGGUGAACGGCUUGCGAAGGGUAGAGUCUGAGCACACGCAGGCGUCUGAUUCCCUGUCGAGUGAAGAAGAGGAGGAUUUAGAGCUGGAGGCCAUGGCCAGAUCUCGCCUGUUGAAGCAGGAACGUGAGAAGAGAGAAGCUAUUGACUCUCUGUUCCGCCACGUGCUGUUGUACCCCGUGGCAGGCGGCUGGCACCGUCUCCUCCAGGGCUUGGCACUGCUCGACAGUCUGUUGAGGAGCAGCCCUGAGUGCCACCUGGUGGACGCCUUGUGCUGCACGUCGCUAGACACGAGCUCUGCUGCACAUUUAAACCUGGUCUCAAACCUUCUGCAGCGCCACCAGCAGGCUCAGGAUGGCAAGUGCUUCUACGGCUGCCUGCUUUCUCCCACCUCUUCCCCCUCUGUGCCCCCCUCCCUGCUCAUCGAGCUGCUGGUGUCGCUCUGCUUGCGAAUUCUGCGCUCUCACUACCCGUCCUAUCUGAGCCUGACUCCCCUGGACCUGCAGGGCAACAGGGAGGUCCAGGUGAAGAGCGUGUCGGUGCUGACUCGGAUUGUGAACCAGCUCUGCUGCACGGUACGAGGACAGGAAUGCAGCAAAGCCACUCUGGAGUCAAUCCACAGACUCCUCACAUGCUGUAAAGUGCAGCAAUAUGCCCUGCUUUCACUGUCUGCCUCCAUGUACAUCUGCCAAAAGGCAGCGGAUAAGGGAUCAUCCAAAGGAGCUGAGCUGCUAGAUGAGCAAGGAGGCUUGUCGGAGGAGAGUCUUGUAAAUCUGGGUGUAGGAGGGGGGCAGGAGCAGUGCCCCUUACAAAUAGAGUUGCUGAAAUUGCUCCAGGCUCUCAUAGUGCUGGAAUACCAUGUGUGGCCAGGUGGGUCAGCAAUGGGUGGAGCUUCUGGCCAACCUGGAGAUCCUCGUGAAUCCUCGCCAGCCUCAACCCCACUGGCCCGUGAGUGGCAAACUGCUGUGCUCUUCCAGCAGUCCAUCAAAGCAGCGCAGUAUGUCCAAAGCCACCCCAUCACAGCCCAGGGGAUGUUUGUUUCUGCUGCAGCAAGAGCCCUGCAGCCUCAGUACGGGUACGCCAUGCACCCCCACUGGGUGUCUCUGCUGUGCUCCUCUCUGCCGUACCUGGGACGAUCUUUAGGGAUCAUCGUGUCCCCGCUUAUCAGUCAGAUCUGCAGGAACGUGGAUGAACUGGUGAAGCUCCAUGAGCAUGAUGGAGGGAAGACGAACCACAGCGUUGUCGGCAGGAGGGAGAACAUCGCUCCCGACUACCCAUUGACUCUGCUUGAAGGCCUGACCACCAUUACACAUUACUGUCUCCUUGACAACAAAAAGUCUCUGGUGGCUUGUGAUCCCGUGGACGUCCGUAAUGCACGCAACGCUGUCCUCGAGGCGCUGCCGCACAUGCUCAGCAGUAUGGCUUUGUUAUGGGGCGUGGUCACAAGGGAGGGAUUUCAGAGACGGAGUGUGUCUGACUCCGGCCACAGCAGCAAACAUGCUGCUACCUCUGUGUAUUUCAAAAGCUCCAAGACAUUGCAGCAGCGGAUUCUGCAGUUUCUGCUCCCUCUGACUGGACAUUAUGGGGUUCAGCUGAUGGCUUCGGUGGGAGUAGUGUGGAGUAACAGGAGGGGCAAAAGGAGACACAAAAACAAAGUUUUACCUGUGGCCAGUGAAGCUCGCCUGAUCAUUGUGGAGCUUAUAAAAUCGCUCCACACCUUGAACGCAGAAACUAUCCUACAGUUGGUCAAAGAGGUCGUGAAGAGACCACAUCAGAUCAAAGGAGAACAGAAGGCAAUGCUGGUCGAUCUUCCCAUGUUACAGUUCAGCUAUUCCUUUAUCCAGAGCAUUUCAGCUCAGGCCCUGCAGGAAAACGUUGCUCCUCUCCUCAGCCUGUUAAGGGAGUCUGUUCAACUCAACCUGGCGCCACCCGGACAUUUCUUACUGCUGGGGAUCCUAAAUGACUUUGUCAACCGUCUCCCCAACCUGGACAGUAAGAAGGACUCUAAAGAUCUGCAGGAGGUGACUCAGCGGAUCCUGGAGGCAGUAGGUGGGAUCGCAGGCUCCUCUUUGGAGCAGACCAGCUGGCUUAGCCGAAGCCUUGAGGUCAAAGUGCAGCCACAGGUUUGCCCAGAAGCUGAAGAACCGGAUGACGUAGAUGUGGAUGGGGAUCACUGUGAGUCAGUAACUCAGGCUAACGCCAUGGUGUCCUCCUCCGCUCCAUCAGUGUACAGCGUCCAGGCUCUUACAUUGCUUGCUGAGAUUUUGGCACCCCUUCUUGACAUGGUCUACCGUAGCGAUGAGAAGGAAAAAGCCGUUCCUCUCAUCUCACGUCUCCUGUAUUACGUUUUUCCUUACCUUAAGAACCACAGUGCCUACAACAUGCCCAGCUUUGCAGCAGGAGCUCAGCUGCUGAGUAGCUUGAGUGGGUAUGCCUGUACCAAAAGGGCCUGGAAGAAGGAGGUGUUUGAGCUCUUCAUGGACCCACUGUUCUUCACCAUGGAUGCCUCCUGUGCACACAGUUGGAAAUCAAUUAUUGAUCAUCUGCUGACUCACGAGAAAACCAUGUUUAAAGACCUGAUGAGUAUGCAGAGCAGCUCCCUGAAGUUGUUCACCAGUGCCGACCAGAAACCCAUGCUGCUCAAACGGCAGGCAUUUGCAAUGUUCAGUGGCGAACUUGACCAGUAUCACCUCUACCUCCCCCUCAUUCAAGAGCGCCUCACUGAGACUUUGCGAAUGAACCCGAGCCCCGCUGUCUCAGCCCAGAUGUUCUUGAUGUUCCGUGUUCUCCUGCUGCGGAUCUCAUCCCAGCACCUGACGUCACUCUGGCCUAUAAUGGUCACAGAACUUAUACGGAUCUUUGCACGUUUAGAGAAAUCUCUGCAGCCAGAUAAAGACGUCUCAAAGUUGGCCAAAGUGGUGCGUGUAGCACUUGACAGAAAGGGACCAGUAAACUUCUCUCAGGCAGAGUUGGACAUGUACCUGUCAGCCUGCAAGUUUCUGGACACUUCCUUGGCUUUUCCUCCAGAGAAGAUGCCACUCUUUCAGAUGUAUCGUUGGGCAUUUGUCCCGGAGGUGGAUGUGAGCCGCUACAAUGGUCCGGAAAAUGCCCUGAUUGAAGGUGAACAGGAAUGCACGCCACAUGUUGUCAGAGUACUGGAAGGGAUACAGCAGCACUAUAGGGAACUGGAUGGGCUGAGUGAGGAGUCCUCCACAGAGCACCUGGAGUUCCCUCUCCUCUCUCAGAGCUCCCUGUCCUCCAUCACCCAGCUCCUGCCUUUCCUUCGCACCCUGUGCUGUUCCUUCCAGGCCUCUCCCCCCUGCAGCCAGCCCGUUGCAUACCUUCCCGUAGCCGACUACCCUGCAGCCAGUUCACACAUCGUCCUAAGCAGACUGGAGGACAUCAUUGAAAACGAGUUCUUGGACUCCAUGGAGAGUUAAAAUCUGAGCUUUUUCAUUAGCAGACAUAGAAAAAGACCUACAAUGGGCACAACCAGUGAUUAUAUUGUAUUGUGAAGUUGUAGUAAAGGAAAGGUUUUGGAAAUGUGAUUUUUUUUUUUUUUUUUAUCCUUUCUGGUUCACUCUGUACAAGAACGUCUGUGCUGCUUUAACUGGAAAAACAAAGGGAGCCCAUGGUAAUUAGUUCCACUUGGCUUUUAAUGUGAAAAUAUAUGAAGGAAUGCAGCUUUCAUUCUGUCCAAAGAAGAGAUAUUAACACAGCUUAUAGUCACUAACUUACUGCUUUUAAGAUCAAUAAAGGCAGUCAGGUAUUCUUGAUUCGGCUUACUUAUUGUCUAAGCAAGGCAUGCAACUUGUGGUCAUGGUAGUACAGUCAAAUUUUAGUCCAGGAAAUAGAAAACUUACUGUGAAGAACCAUAUUAAACACCAUUAGUGUUUAUUUGACUUAACUAGUCACCUGCAGUCUGUUUCUUCAGGUAUAAAAAUCUGUCUUAAGAAUGUACAAACUAAUCAUCUUCUUAUAGUAAUUUAUUCUAUGACUCUUAUUGAUAAGCAAAGGGAUGUGCUUUUUGUGCAUUGGGAAAACUUUUUUAAAAUGUCUGUACCUCAAUAUAAUAUAUGCUUGCAGGUUUUGGUGAUCAAGGGAAAUAAGAUGUCCCUAGUUUUUACUCCAGUGUAGUUUUUACAGCUGCUAUUGUCUGUUUUUUUUUUUUUUUUUCCCUGCACAUCUGAAUGUUCCUGUAAGUUUUUUUUUUGUUUAAAGGACCACAUCAAGUUUUGAUGCAAUAGAAAAAAAUCUCAUUAAAUUAAACAUAGUAUUUAACUGCU